AUGGAUUUAAACACAAAUAAAAAUCUCCAAGAUUUCGUCCCAAUCCUCUCAAACGACCAACUAAAAUAAAUUUUAAGUGAAAACUACAACGAAUUCUAAGUCUUAUCUGAUCUCCAAAUCGAGAAAUCCCACGAAAACAAUACAUUCACGAUAAGCAUAAAGAACAUUCCCAAAUACACUUUAAAAAUAGUCCCUAAAACUAUCGAAAACGAUCUUUUCGAAAACUCCUUAUCUGAGCUCUAUACUCAUUUACAAAGAAGCUAAUUAUCUCAUUUAUAUUAAUAGAUUGUUACAAAUAAAUAUAAUUAGCCAUUAUCUAAUUUCUCUUAUUUAUUCCGUGAAUACCAUAUUCGUGUUCUUUCAUUAUUAAAAGGAACCUAUAUAGGUGAAUUAUUCCACAAUCUAGGCACUACCUUAGGAAAAUAGACUGCUAUUCUCUAAAACUUUCCCUUUACAGCCCAAAUGGUAAAGCCUUAUAAUCUUUGGGACUUAAAAAAUUUCGCUUCUUUAUGGAAACAUGUUAAUAAUGUAAAAAAUAUUGAGUAAAGACGUAUAUCCGCUAAAUUCCCUGAACCACUUAAAUAUGUAUUCCUAGUAAACUCAGGUACUGAGGCAAAUGAACUAGCCUUAAGACUAGCCCGUACAUACACGAAAAGUAAGUAAACAAUAGUCAUAGAACAUGGUUAUCAUGGUAAUUCAAAUGCAGUUGUAGAAAUAUCACAUUAUAAAUUUUCUAGAAAAGGUGGAAGUGGUCCUUAACCAUUUAUACAUUCUAUCCCGAUUCCCGAUCCUUUAAGAAACUAAAAUUUAGACUAUGGAAAAAUCAUUAGAGAUAUAAUUUAAAAAAUAAAAGACAAAGGUGAAAAAAUAGGAGCUUUUAUUGGCGAAUCAAUAAUCAGUUUAGGUGGUUAUAUUGUUCCCCCAAAAAAUUUAAUGAAAAUCAUCUAUUAAGAAGUAAGAAAAGAGGGAGGAAUAUGCAUAGCAGAUGAAGUCUAAGUCGGUUUUGGAAGAGUAGGCGAGAAAUUUUGGGCUUUUGAACUCCAUGAUGUAAUUCCAGAUAUUGUUUCGAUGGGAAAACCAAUUGCUAAUGGACAUCCAAUGGGUGCAGUGAUCACUACUAAGGAAAUAGCAGAUGCAUUUAAUAAUGGAAUGGAAUAUUUUAAUACUUUCGCAGGUACUUAGGUUAGUUGUAGGAUUGCUAGUGAAGUCUUAAGGAUUAUUAAGGAUGAAGAAUUGUAGGAAAGUGCGAGAGUUAUUGGAAAAUAUUUAAAAGAUAAAUUAAGGGCAAUACCAAGUUUCCUUAUUGCGGAUGUUAGAGGAGCAGGGCUUUUUAUAGGAAUGGAAUUGUGUAAGAAAAACGGAGUACCCGCAGUCGAAGAGACUAAGAAGUUGAAUGAAAAAUUAAAAGAUAAAGGCGUUUUGGUAGGAAUUGAUGGAUAUUUGUAUAAUGUGUUGAAAAUUAAACCAAGUUUAUGUAUUACUAAGGAUGAUAUUGAUUUUGUUGUUGAUUAAUUUGCUGCUGCUUUGUAAGAAAUCGAAAACGAAAUGCCUUUAGAAGACGAUAUUUAGUUUAUUUGA